GCCAACUCUUGCAGCAAUGGCUAUAGACCGAGGAAACGGAACAACCACACAGCUUCUGACGCUGAUCAACGUCUCUGCGACAAAAGCUAGAAAGCGAAAAUGGAUCCUCGAUGAUGCUAGACCUUCAGAGAAACUGAACAAGCGGCGGAACGUUCACUUCGGCGAAGUGCAGGUUAACGAGCAAGAGAGCACUUCGCCAGAGACACAAAAGGAGAAUACAGAGGGUAUUGCUACUAUUGACGCUGCAAAGGAUGUCCAAGAGACUGAAGGAGACGACGAAACCGCUGACGAGAGUUCGGCUGAUCUCUAUGAGAGCCAUUUUGGUCCCAACUCUUCUGAUAUGUCCGAAAUGAAACGCCAAGCCGUAGAGAACAGAUCGUGGAAGACACACCGAGCGCUGUACGGGAAAUUGGGAGGCGCAGUGGACUAUGUGCUGGAGGCCGAAGAAAGUAUGGCUGAAAAGCGCGAGAAGCCAGCGGUUACGGACGCCAUUCCAACAACGGCAAACGAAACUGUCGAAAGGCAAGCCCACGCGUUUCAUGAAAAACUCGCGGCUCUGCAGGACGAUGUUCUGACCACUUUGUCCUCAAACAAAGAUCUAUAUGUUACGCGUACACCUCUAGACUCGCAACAAUUAAUAAGGGAAGCCAUAGCCCUCCAUGCCCUUAAUCAUGUCACGAAAAAGCGAAGACGAAUUCUCAAGAAUAACGAGCGCAUAACCCACGCCACAAAAUCCGGCGCGCCUGUGCCUGAGGACGUUCAAGAUCAAGGAUUUACCCGGCCUUCCGUGCUCAUCCUUUUGCCUUUCCGGUCAUUUGCCCAGCGUUGGAUAUCUGCACUUACAACGCAUACCCCGUCACCCUCGUUUCAGGUGGAGAACAGGUCCCGCUUCGAGUCGGAGUACGGUUUGCCACCAGGGGCAGUGGACAAGCUUCUUGCCGCCGAGCCCGGUAUAUAUCCCAAAGAUCACGUCGAGAUGUUUAAAGGCAAUGUCGAUGACAGCUUCAGGCUCGGUGUCAAGUUGACUCGCAAGAGUGUGAAGCUUUUUGCGGAGUUCUACGGUUGUGAUAUCAUCCUCGCAAGUCCGCUGGGUCUGAGGAUGUCUAUCGAGAAAGAAAAAAACGCAGACUUCUUGUCGUCCAUUGAACUCCUCAUUGUGGAUCAAAUGGACGCUCUCACAAUGCAGAAUUGGGAACACAUCCAGUUUAUCAUCUCGGACCUUAAUAAGCUUCCGAAGGAGUCACACGAUGUCGACUUCUCCCGCAUAAAGCCGUGGUACCUUGACGGGCACGCUGCCUUCCUUCGCCAGUCGGUUCUAUUGUCAGCAUACGAGACUCCAGAAACACGUGCGCUGUUCAAUAACAGCCUCUUAAAUGUGGCCGGCAAAGUACGGACAGUAUGUCGCUGGCGGCCCGUCCCCGUGCCUGAGGGUGUUGACCAGAAUUUUGUUCUGUUCGACUGUUCCAGCCCGAAGGACGAACCUGACAAGCGCUUCCAGCACUUCACAACCCAGAUGUUGCCCGGGGUGCUGAAAUCGGCGGUGCAAAGCACAAACACCGCCAUCUUCAUCCCUUCAUCGUUCGAUUUCAUUAGGGUCCAGAACCACUUCCGCAAGACCGCCGGCGUAUCUUUUGCUGUGCUAUCGGAGUACUCAUCGAACCAGGACAUUUCGCGGGCGCGCCAAGCUUUCUUCGGUGGCAAAAAGUCUUUCCUUCUCAUCAGUGAGCGCUUCCACUUUUUCCGUCGAUACAAAAUUCGCGGGAUCCGCAAUUUGAUCUUCUACGGGCCGCCCGACCAUCCACAGUUCUACACUGAGCUCCUGUCGUAUCCGUUCCUCGACGACGGCGUCGAGCCCUCGGACGUCACCUGCAAGAUACUGUACUCGCAAUAUGACUAUAUGCGCUUGGAGCGGAUAGCGGGUACCGAGGGCGUCAGCGAGCUGAUCAAGAGGUCAGCGGUGUAACCCGGAGGCUAUGUUUGCCCUACUCUGUUAGCAGCAGACUAAAGCUGCGCCUCAGUCUCAAACACCGCAGUCGAAUAUAGCACACAUACACAGUUCAAUAUGCUGAGUACCAACCGGGGAAACUACGGAAUCUGAUCUAAAAUUUACAUGCAGCUCAGAACUAGCC